GUUACAAGAUGGUGCUAUUUUUACAGUCUUAAAGCAAAGCAGAAGGAAUUGAUUUUUGAUCUUUUUAAGGUCUCUUCUUUUAAAAAAGAAACGGCCGUGAAAGUGGUUGAUCUUAAAUCUGAAAAGAGCGAACCACUUCCUUCAAAGAUUUCUUCAUCUCUUUAUGUAAAGCGGGAUAUUUCAGAUUCUAGAGAAAUGAGUGGAGGUAUAAAAAUUAAACCUAAAGACUUUAGCCAGUCCAAAAUAGAGUCACAGCCAUUCUCUGGUGAAACCAAAUUAAAAAGUGGCAUAAAGAUGGAUAAUCUUUUCGCUGUAAACAAACAACCAGCUUUUGAUAUUGGUCAGAAUUCAGCUAAGCAAAAAAGUUUACAAAACUAUAACACUGCCUAUAAAGAGAUGCCCUCGACCGUUUCAAAGGAACGCAAAUACGGCUUUGACAUGAUCAGAGCAUACCAACUACUGAAGCAAAAGAACAAAUUAAAAAAAAAUGCAGAGCAGACAGAAAAAAAAAAAACCACCGGCUAUUGUAUACCCAAUCUCGUUAGAAAAGCAGAGAAAGAUGUACCGAAACAAAUUCCGAUUCAAUCUCAUAAACUUGAAGAAAAGGCGAUUCUUGAUAAUUCGGAGAUUGUCACCGAAUCUCGUCUAAAUAUAUUCAAGCAAGAGGUUUUAUUUAGCGAUCAUGGAAACACUAGACAGUUUUUUUAUAAUAAAUUUCGAGAUGAUUAUAACUUAAAAAGCAAAAUGGGACAGCUCGAAUUUAAUGAUCAAAAGGACAAUCUUUCGGUAAACUUUCAGUUACUCAAUACAAGCUAUACCUCCACAGCCUACGAAAAAAUAGAGAUCGAUCCAGCAUUUCUGUAUGAAACUAUCAAAAACAAACUUUGGCGGGACCGCAUCAAUAUUGGAGAUGUCAAGAAUCCUAGAGACUGGCGAUACUCCAUCGAAAAUUUCGUUAAGGCGCUCGCCAAGUAUACAGAUCCAGAUUUAAACCACAUGGAGUAUCUCCAACGGAUCAAGAUCAUAAACAAUGUCCAGGCGGCUUACACAGCGCUUCCCGAAUUUUCCAAGCACAACGCUGUUAUCGCCCCAGCACAGGUCAAUCGCUACCUAGACGCCGUAGAAAAUAGUUUAAAAAGAUAUAAAGAAAUAAUCUAAGUGAGUAACUACGUGUAAAAAGUGAAUAUAAAUUAUAAAGGCAGUAUUUGGAUAUUGCUCGAACCUUUAAGAUAGACGAGAUAGAUUAAUUCAACUCGAGGAAAAUUCGAAUU